AUGCUCUGGUCAUCUGGUAUGCAGACAAAAUUUUGGGGAGACGCUAUACUCUACGCCAGCACAAUGCGAAACUACCUCCCUACCCGCGGUAAUGCAGACCGCCGUUCACCCCUCGAAGUACUUACGGGAAAAUUACCCGACGUCAGCCACUUGCUCAAAUUCGGUGCCCGCUGCACCGUAAGGCUAGAGCAUGCAGUUGCAAAGUCGCUUCGUAAACGCUCCGAACAGGCGUUCAUUCUCGGCAUCGACCCCGUUAACAAUGGCUACAAUCUCUAUCUUCCCCGUACCAAGACGUAUUUGACCAGCUCCAACAUCCAAAAUGUCGAUCACGUUGAUAUCGAUGCCGCUGGUGACCUCGUCGACACCUUCGAUACACUUGACGCUGUCCCCAGCACAUUUCAUCCCCAGGCUCAGCAAAUGUCCGAUCGUGCCGCUACCACCGACGCUCUUCACAAGACCACGCCAGUGUCUGAGGGGGAGCCAUCACCCGAUCAUCUUGAUUGGACCAGUGAAGUUUCAGGCAGCGACGACGACGAUGACUUCAAGACAGGCGAACCAAUUGAUGACGUCACACUGACCAAGCGCCAAAUCGACAGUGUAUUCGAGGUCCACAAGCGCGGUGCUCAACUUCCAAUUGAAGAAUUCGAGCUACCUGCGUCCCUUCUUCUCGACGUCACCGGUAUUUCCGGUGCAGCAAUGAUGGCCCUUCAUAUCUCUGAUGGUGUUCCGGACCCUAAAAAUAUUCGCGAAGCAAUGGCAAGUCCAUUUUGGCCACAGCUAAAGGAAGCUAUGAUCCAAGAGCUGGACCAGUUGUGUAAGAAUGGUACAUGGGAGGAAGCCGUCCCACCACCUGGGGCCAAGGUCGUGUCAACAAGAUGGGUUUUCAAGAUCAAAUACAACUCGAUGGGAGAACUCGACAAGUUUAAGGCUCGGCUCGUGAAAAGAGGAUUCACCCAACGCUAUGGUGUCGAUUUCAGCGAAACAUACUCUCCGGUACUCAAAAUGGCAAGCGCGCGAUUUCUUAUUACGCUUGGAGCUCAGUGGGGCUGUAAAGUUCGCCAUGGUGACGUUCCCAACGCCUACCUUCGUGCACCGAUUGAUCGGCCGAUCUACGUGAAACCGCCACACGGAUCCCCAGACGAAGGAAGAGUUUAUCGAUUGCUGAAGAGCCUUUACGGAUUGAAACAGAGCGGACGACUUUGGAACGACUUAAUUCAUAGCUUUCUUCUCGAGUGUGGUUACACACAAAGCCGCCAAGAUCCGUGCGUCUACUUCAAACAUGAAGCCAUCGGCACUACAGUUGUCGGCCUUUACGUCGACGAUGUCAUUAUAAUUGCACAAGAUGACUCCCUAUCUGAGACUCUUAUGCAACAGCUCUACGAUAAAUUCGACAUCAACGAUUUGGGGUUAAUCAGCAAGUUCCUCGGUAUUAAUGUGGAUACAACGGAUUACGGCUACUUUCUUCAACAACAGCACAACAUCGAUGCUCUCCUCACUAGGCUCGAAAUGAAUUGUACUACCCGUUCGACGCCAAAGGAAGAAAAACACAAGCUAUACGAUCCAAACUCGAGCCUCUUUUCAAACAAACGACUCUACCAAGAAGUUAUGGGGUCAUUAUUGUGGAUCUCCAACUGCACUCGUCCCGAUAUCACUACGACCGUGAAUCUUCUGUGUAGAGCGACACACGCACCCACCACCGAACACUGGAGUUGUGUAAAGCGCCUCAUGCGAUAUCUCAAAGGCACUUCGACUCAUGGCAUUUUUAUCAAGAAGCUCAAUUCAGUUCAAUCGCAACCACGCCUGAAAUUCUACAGUGACGCAUCAUGGGCCGAUUCCAAGCUAGACGCUAAGUCCACGACCGGUGUUCUCCUAACAAUGAAUGGUUCGCCUAUAUCGUGGUAUUCCAAGAAGCAAUCCGUCGUCGCAUUAUCUACCAUGGAAGCUGAGUACAUUGCUGGUGCAACAGGUGUGAGUGAAUGCCUCUGGGUAAAAGAUCUCCUAUCGUAG